AUGAUUGAUGAAUUAGAAGCUCUAAUUAAAGAAUCAUCCGUGGAAGGGAAAGAUAAUUGUCUAAAUGUGCGUCUGUAUUUAAUACAAAUUCUAUUUAUAUUUAUUGUUUGUUUUGUGAUUUUUCUUUUUUUCUUUAUAUUAUUUUUUCUCGGUGUUUUCUAA